UAACACUUCCGCACAAGUACUUUCCAAUUCCUAAUCUUACCUCAACUACAAGUUUAAACUCCUUUAGCUUUAGUCAAAAAAUCAUAGCGGCUACAAAAGGCGACAUUACAGGUGACAUUUUUUUUACCCGGACUCGAGCAUUAGCGACAGGAAAAGCCUCGAAGAAGAAGCAGCUAGCUUCAGAAAAAGCUAGCGCCAGGAGCAAGAGGACCCGUUCCCCACCGAGGCCCAACGAAUGCCGACCUCGCACUCUGUCGAAGACAUCCUUUCUGAGCUGAGAUCCCAACGUACUGAACUCAACAACGGGAUAUGUCGAGUUGUUUGGGAACUCGGCUGGGGUGUUCAGAGACUUAUUUUAUGUACACCAUUUAUUUUCCUUUUAUGUGAACGCAGCUGUAACUAUUAUCCACCUUUACCCAGAGAUGACUUGCACUAAAGUUCGAUUACUGUUCGAUGACUAGUACCUUAGAUCUAUUGACAUGGAUCUGCUAUGGUCUAGGUCAUGCAAUAAAACGGAAAAAGAUACUAUGUGCUCUAAAAAAGGAAAAAGCAGACAUCGCGCUAUUACAAGAGAGACACCUCUGUGAUGGCGACCAUGCCAAGCUCCGCAGAGCUUGGCUGGGACAGGUGUAUUUCUCAUCUUUCAAAUCAAACAGUAGAGAGCCAGUGAGUGUGAUGUUCAAGGUCUACUGUCUGUCAGUGAUGACACUGGUGGCAGCAACUUACACCGUGGUAUUACGAUACACAAGGACAGUAUCAUCAACAGCUAUGUACUUCUCUACAACAGCAGUAUGCAUCACAGAAGUUAUUAAAUUGUUCUUGAGCCUUGGGAUGUUGACCAAAGAAACGGGCAGCUUUGGCAGGUUAAAAGCAUCCAUAGUUGAACAUGUAUUUUGGAGUCCAAAAGAGCUGCUGAAACUGAGUGUUCCCUCUGUGGUCUAUGCAGUUCAGAAUAACAUGGCCUUUGUUGCCUUGAGCAAUCUUGAUGCAGCUGUGUAUCAGGUGACAUAUCAAUUGAAGAUCCCGUGCACGGCCUUGUGCAUGGUCCUCAUGCUGAACCGCUCUCUCAGCAGGCUGCAGUGGUUCUCAGUCUUUAUGCUGUGUUUGGGCGUCACGCUGGUCCAGUGGAAACCGGCAGAGGCCACUAAAGUCCAGGUGGAACAGAACCCAUUUUUGGGGUUUAUGGCCAUUGCUGUGGCUGUGUUGUGCUCUGGGUUUGCAGGGGUGUACUUUGAGAAGGUCCUAAAGAGCUCAGACACAUCCCUAUGGGUGAGGAACAUCCAGAUGUACCUGUCUGGCAUUGUGGUCACCCUCGCUGGAGUUUACAUGACUGAGGGCGCUCAGGUCGUAGAGAAAGGCUUCUUCUACGGUUACACGCCUUGGGUGUGCUUUGUAGUCUUUUUGGCCAGUGUGGGUGGUCUGUACACGUCAGUGGUGGUGAAGUACACAGACAAUAUCAUGAAAGGCUUCUCUGCUGCAGCCGCCAUCGUUCUCUCUACUGUGGCAUCUGUCACUCUGUUUGGGCUCCAGAUAACUGCUACCUUUGCUUGUGGAGCAAUGCUGGUGUGUGUCUCCAUAUACCUUUACGGACUUCCGAAACAAGACACCACCAAGCUUCCAAGAGCAGACACAGACAAGGAGGCCAGGCAGAAACUGAUCACUGUUUGAAGCCUGGGUCUGGAAUAACAAAGGUUUAUGGUGUUUCCUGACCUCUGUGUUGGAGCUGCCCAUGAGGCUCUCUUUCACACUGCGGUCUACUGUUGUCCCAUAAGAGCGUCGGCAAGGAACUUCAAUAAUAUAGAUUCAUCAUUAUAUCAGUAAUGAUGGAGCGUAAGGGAAGUGUGGCGCUGAGGCAGAAUGUAUGCAUAGAAAAUAAAUACCAUUGGGGUUUUAUUCCUUA